AUGGAGCCGGGAGAAGAGGAGGAGGAGGAGGGCGAGGAGGAGGGCGAGGAGAGCCAGGAGGAGGGCGAGGAGAGCCGACGGGUCCCUCCUAUUGCAACAACCCCCCCACGUCGUGACUGGAAGGAGUCCCUGAGCCGCAGCAGCAGCGAAACGCAGGCCUCGGUUACCAGUGGGAUCUCCCUGGGAGAAGCAAUACGUCAGAAAACUGCUGAGAAUUGGGGAACGGAGUCAUGGUACCAGCUUCCUGCAGAAGUGGAUGUCAGCCAUUUAGCUGCUGCCUCGGGGACAAAGCUUGGCCUGACUCGUGAUAGAAGUGACCUGAGUGAGUUCCCUACACUGGAGGAAGGAUUGUUGUCCUCAGCAGAAGCAUCUAGAAGGCAGUUCCCUGGAGACAGAGGACAUGGCUUACUGCUGGCUACUCAAGGCAGUCAGUGCUCUCCCUGUCUUCCACUGCUGAGGUAUUCAACCCAAGACCAAAGAUUUUCAGAGCAGACACUUCUCCAGCACUCAGAGAUGGAUUUUAUUCCCUUAAGAGGAGUCCCUGAUGUUUCUGGUGCCUUUGAGGAGCACUCCAAGGCUUUGCACAUCCUUGAGGAUGCAGGGUCUGCACCCAGUGACUGCUUCACUUUGGCCCAGCAUCCCCUCUCCUUCAGACACAUGGAACCUUUGGGUGCCAGUUCUUCCUCUCAGCAAACCCCUUCUUCUGGAGAGCUGCUUGUGAACAAGGAGGCAAAUGAUGGCUAUAAAAAUGAUACUGAAGAGAAGGCAAUGAUGCCCCAAACAAGUGAGAAUUUAGCAAACCCCACCUCAACGGGGAUGCCAAACAGACUGAACCACAUGGAACCUUCUCUUAUCUGGAGUACAUCUGUAAAGGAUGAGUGUUUCUCCCAUGACAACCAUGUAGCAACUGCUGGUUUUGGGCUUUCAGAGAAAGAAAAAGGGUUACUGAGGCAUGACAGGUUCUCCUCUUCAGAAAACUCCUGUAAACCAGCACUAACUAGGAAUUCAGAAAAAAGGGAGGGAGAGUUGAAAGAGGAAAAGGUAAAAAUGGCUGAGACCAAGUCAGAAGAGUGCAUGAGGCAGCUGGAGAAGCUGAAAAAAGAAAAGAAGAUUCCUGAGCUUGGCUUGUCUACUGAUUUAUCUGAUGAUUUGAGGAAAGACAGUUGUAAAAUUUCAGAAGCACAAGGUGAUUUUUCUGCCAAGGCUUGUGAAACAAGUGAGGGGAUGUCAAAGGAACGUGGAGCGGGUUUAAAUGGCUCUGAAAGCUUGGAGUUUGUGGCUGUUGUUGAGGAACCCCAGGGAGCUUCCCUGGAUCAUCAUCAGAAACAACUAUCUCCUGCAGUGAGAUCUGAGAAAAAGGAGUUUAUCCCUACUGUGACAAGCACUGGUGAUUGUGCACCUAAACCACUAGUUAUGAGUAACAUGGAAGCUCCUUCUCCAUGCAGCCUGGAUGCCCCAGUGGGAGCAGAACCUGGAGAAAGCAGGAGUGAAUUAACUAUUUCAGAUUUUUCCAUAGAAAGGGGACACAAAGUUACAGGAAUUUCCCCUUCCUUUAACCUUGUAGGUGAUGGCUCCUUUUCUGUACACUUUGCUCAUCCAAACUAUCAGUCUACUCCAGGGCUACUUCUAAAGAAAAAUGUUAAGGCAGAAGAACUUGGCAUCCCUGUGAUCAAAUCAGAUAUUCAGGCCUCUUCUUCCUGCUUAAAUGAAGGAACUUCAGAGAACUCAUCUACCAGUCCCCCUGUAUCUGUUGAGAAGCAGCGGUCACUGCAGUGUGCCCAGAAGGAGAACAGUGAGCCUUUUGAGUCCUUAAAAUGGAAACAUCCCCACAGUGGAAGAAUUCAGUCUCUCCCAUCGCUUAGUUUCAUGGAGAAGGUAGGGGCUUGGAAUGUGAGCCAGCCAGAGGAGGGACCCCAGGCAGGGACUUCAUGUGACCCAGGUGGAGUUUCCCCGAGAAGGAAAGCCUACAGUGCAAUUGCCAGUUCUUCAAACAAUAUUUUGUCAGUGCAAAAAAAUGGUGGAGACCCCAUGGAUUAUGUUGCAGCUUCCCCUAGAGAGACAGGUUCCUUGGGAAACUUCCAUUUGCAUAAUAAAAACUUGCUGCUUGUCCAGCCUCCCCUUACUAGAUCUCAGUCUGACAAUGCAGUAAAUGUUUCCAGCAGGAACAUGGAAGUUAUUCCACCAGGAAAGUCAACAGAGGCAGUGCAGCCUCUAGAAGACAAAAGUAAUGUUUUAGGAAUGCCUGAAAAUAGUUCAGGAGGCUCCACGUUACAAAAGCUCUCAGUUGAGGUUGGUUCUAGACCUACUGGUAAAGAUGCAGAAAGUUAUAGUAGGGGGGACAGUUCAGCCCCAAAUGUGGUUGCUCCCAGUGAAGAUGUUGUUCAGCUCCUCAGAGAGGAUGGAGACUCUCUCACUGAUGACCAGAAGAAUUGUGAUCUUCUUGAAAAUCAUUCUCACAACCUAAAUAUUCCUGUUGGCUGUGUCAGCAUGGACAAUUUUGAUGAUAUUUCCCCUGAUAGUUUGAAUCAUCUUCUUAGUUCUGGGGAAAGUAGCCAGAGGGACUUGAGCUCUACAGGGCGCUCCUCUGUGGUUUCCAGACCCACCUUCAGUGCAGAUGAUGAUAACUUCAUUCCUGUUGAAGCAACUUCUUUGGAAACUCCAGUGAAAGAAGAGCUUAAUAUUGAAGAAAGGAUCCCAAUAUAUCUUCGCAACCUUGGCAUUGAUCAGUCACCUGGAACUAUACUGACACCCUUUGCACCCCGAGGACCCAUCAGGGAAGUGGAGUUUUCCCCCUCAGAGCUCAGAACAUUGAAGGACUCCACGGACACCCUGACCAGGACAGCUCCACAGCACCAAGGUAAAUUGCCAUCAGCACUUCAGAUUACCCAAACAACGUCCAAUUCUGGCACUUCCACUCUCAGUCUGUCUAAACCAAUGAGUUCAGAAGUUGGCUUUGAUAUUCUGUCACUCUGUGAACUCUCUCACCAGUUCUCAAGAUUUUCUGGAGACAAACCAGUGAGUCAGUGUGGGUUGUCCUGCCAUCAGCUGGAGACAACUUCUCUGCUUUCCACACAACGGGGGACAGAGCCUUCAGAUGUCUCCAAACCAGUUGAACCAAACCACCAGCAGCAAAUGGCUUCAGCUGGCUGCCAUUCUGACAGAGAGAGUCCCCUGCUUGCUGCAAAAAGUGUCCAAGAUCUGCUAGCUAAAAAUGAGUCAGAAGAUGUGAGCAGCAGCCUGCAGACGUGGACUGCCCGUGCUUUGGCUGGAGUUCAACGUGAAGUGGAAGUUGACAGAGGAUCACAAACCUCAAGUGUAGGUAGUAAGAGAACAGAGGGUCAAGAAAGCGGUUCCUUGAUUGGAUCUGGUGCACUGCAAGAAAUACAUAAGCUUUUGGCAGAGGCAGAGGAUAUAGCUGGCAGGUGGUGUGAUCCUGUUUUUUCCACUUCCUCUUCUAGAGAAACUGAUGAGUCUUCUCCAGUGCUGAUUAGAGAGGAGGAUGGGCCUGAAGGCUCCAGGUCAGGGAAAGGCAGCGACCCUCAGUUCCAGAAGAUGCUGUCGUGGGUUGAGACUGUGACCUGGAGAAGUGUGCAAGAAGAGGGGCCAGUAGUGAAGCCCCUGGAUUAUAACACAGGCAGUUUAAAAUGGGAAAAGUCUUUUGAAGUCAAUUUGCACAAUGAUGAAGAGAUGGUAAAGGAAAUAACCAAGGAGUUUAGGACAGAAAAAUCAGUAGGAAGGUCUGAGCCAGAAGGCUGCAGCAGUGUAACUACAGACAGAAAUCAGCCUGGUUUUGUGGGCCUUGCACAAAGCAAUGGAAGCAGUGAAGGCAGCACUGGAAGAACUUUGGAGCUGGGCAACCCUUCUUCCUCAGGAAGCACCACCAGUGUUGCAGGAGGCUUGCAGAGCAUGUUGUCCAAAGCUAGUGCAGCUGGAAGCAAGGCAGGAGGCACUGGAGGGAGCGAGGACAGUAGCAGUGGAGAUUCACUAGCUGCCCAUGUCAGAAACCUCCUGAGAAGUGGGUCGGGUGCACCACAACUGCUGACAAGUGCAGAUGAAGAGGAGAGGACAUCACGAGCAUGGAUGAAGCUAAAACUGGCCAGCCAAGCUCAGGAGCCAGUGACAGACUUGAAUGAAGAGCACCAACAAAGAAUAGAGGAGAUAAAGGCAGAGCUGCUGCUGAGUGCCAAGAAAUCUGCUCUAGCAAAGGAUUCAUGGGGCUGCAGGUUGAAGGCUGCCCCUGAGCACAGCCAGGACCAGCAACUGAACAUAGAGCAUUUCAAAGCUUCAAGUGACAGUAGAUUUCAAACUUACAGGCAAAAACAAGCAGUUGAGAAUGAAGAGCUUUUAGAGUCAAGUUCAGCACAAGCUGUGCCCUUACACAGAGCUGAUCCUUCCCAUUGUUGCCUGCUGGAGGAUCUGCAGUUCAAAUCUUGGAGUAGCCUUCAAACACCUGCCUGCAGCCAACAUCAGACAUCUGAGGCUGUUGAACUUCACUCACCAUUGUGGAAGGAAUGGGACACGUGUGCAGUGAGGUCUGCAGCUGCUUCUGAUACACAGUCACAAGUCCAUGUUCCAGCUCGGAAGAAGCUGUCUGUGGAAAAGUGCUCUGAAGAAGUGGCCAAGCAAGUUACUUCCAUCACCUUUUCAUCUCGAAAGCGUUUGCAGUCUCCACUGACUUCCAUGGUACUUGGCAGCAGUCUUGCUAAAGAUGGCCUUGAUGGGAUAAUGCCUUUGGAGGUUGACUCUGCUAGCACUGAGGAACUGAGCCAUGGCAAACAACCCUGGGAAAGAUCUAAAACUUCUCCUCCAAGUCCAGUACUUCCUGGCUCAGUGUCUAAUCAGAUUGCUUUUACUGUGGAGAAAGACAAGUUUCAUCAUGUCUCUGCUGACAGUUACAGAGUUGGAGCUUAUCAAGAAACAGACUGUUUGUCAGAUCAGGGUUCUGUCAGCAUCCGUGCUGAUAGAAGACAGACCCUUAGUGCAAACACUUCUGAUGUUCUGCCUCAAGAUGUGACUGAAUUGGGCAGGCACAGUGCCAGGCUUGCAGGGUUUGACUGCAAUAUCAGGCUCAGUCAAGACACAAAUACAUUUCAUGAAUCCAAUUCCAUAAGAUCUUACCAGCAGGAGAAAAGCAGCCCACCUGGCCACAGCCAAGUGUAUGAGAGCUUGGAAGGUUCAGGUCCAGCCAAACAAACUGAUUUUCUGAAAGGCCACACAGAGUUGUUGAAAGAAAAGAAGAAAAGCCCUUCUGACAAAGCACCUCUUGUUCAGAAGGAGGUUGAGAGUGAGCAAAUCUGUAGGUCUCACCAUUCCUCUGCUGAUGAGACUUUAUCCACGUCUGCAUCUCCUUCAUCCCCAACUAAGAAAGUACUGUCUUGUGUCCACAUCACUCUUUCCUCCAAGUGUCAUAACCCAGAGCUGCAUGAUGACCUGAACACUGAAAAUGAGAGGAGAUCCUGGGACAAACCUGAAGUGAAUACUCAACCUUUCUCUUUAAAAACUCCAGAAACUUUAACAGAAGCUAUUUCUAAAUUACCACCUGCUGACCUUAUUCCAGAAGACCGAAGAUCUUUGUCUUUCCCAAGGCCAGUGUCUUCAGCAGAUCCCUGCCUGGGGCUUUCCUCAGGGACAAGCACAGCAGGACGAGACCUGACUCUGCAAGGCAGUCAGAGCCCACAGGUCUCAGUCCUGGGAUCUGGGGGGUCUAAUCUGAAGAGUAUCUUCAACUCUGUAGUUCCUGCAAAGACUGGGAGAAGUACUUCUGAUGCUGCCACUCAGAUAACAACAGAAAGCCCUCAAAAAACCACCUUUUCAGCUGAAAUCUGUAUUAAUUCACAAGCCAGUGAAAAUGCUGAUGACCAAUUGCUUCUCCAGAAAGCACAUGAACUUCCCAACAAUACAACUUCAUCUCAUAACAAGACUUCCUCUUUGCCAAGGCAGGGUGACCAGCCCUUAUUGCUACCAUAUAAACCUUGUGGAAGUACUGGGAUGUAUUAUGUCCCUUAUCUAAAGGCAAGAUCCACAAUGUCUCCAGUCGAGUCAGAGGCCAGUGCUGAGAGCUCUCCUUCAGGGUCAAAUGAUGCUCUUCCUCCAAGGUUUCCAGCAAACAUGCCUGGUUUAAGGGAUGAUAAUCCUCCAGACAUCACAACUGUCAAGCGUAAAGAAGGAGUCUGCAGGAAGAGAACUGAGCCCAAGCUAGCCUGGGCUGAGGAGCAAAUCAGAACUUCCCCAGAACGCACAGGUCAUUCGAAGUCUGUAAAAACCACUCAUCCAGUCUUCAGAUCUGCACAGCUAAACCUCCAGCACCCAGUGCCCGUGGGUGAGAGCUUCUUUCUGUCUAACAGUGAGCUGUCAGAAGACAGUUCUGGUCUUGGACAUGCUGGACCUUCCUUAAAGGCUGUCCUGCAGAAUCAGAAAAGAGCACGUCGUCAUCAACGUGUUUUCUCUCUCCAUCACAAAAAAGAUGGUGACAAGGAGUUCUUCCCACUCUCUGCAGAAGCAGAUUACAGCAGGAAUGAGGAUCUGGAUGUUAGCACAUCUUUGGGGAAUGGAAGGUCAAGGAGGGAGCUGCGUGGCAGAAGAGAAGCAGACCUAAAGGCAGCUAGGAAUUAUCCUUUGCCAUCUGGCCAAACAACUGGCCUUAAUGAGCAUGUGGAGAAAGAGCUGCCAGCCAAGCAGAGAACCCACUCCAGUGGUAGCUUAGAUGAGCUCUGGAUCCAGUUUUUGGAGUGCCAGAAGAGGCACCAGCACCAUGAUUUCAGGAGAAAUGGUGAACUGUCCCUGGUUGAGCGCCUGGAUCGGUUGGCCAGGCUCCUUCAGAACCCCGUUAAGCAUACACUCAUGCCAGAGAAACCUGAGAGGAGCCUUUCUGAACAGAAAAGAGAGGGAAGAGGACAGAAGAAAAUCAGACUGCCAGAAAAGGUCACGUCUGAAAGUACCUCAGAGCCUAAUGCAACACAUGUCAAAGACAGGCCACGUGUGACCCAUGAUAAAAAUAGCCUGGCUGAGCUCAGGAAAAAUAGGUCAGGAGAGAAAAUUAUCUGCCACAUGGAUAAGAUUUUGGAGCACCAGCAGUACUUGGAAACUCUUAGUGACACCUCCUCAGAGGCAAGGCUUAGUGGAGGUCAUGGCACCACCAUCAGUUCCAUCACCUCAGAAUCAGAGGCAGUGACCCUGACAGAGGUGGAAACUGGAACCCAGGCUGAGGUGAGCAGUUCCAUUUCCACAAUUGACACUGCCAGGCUGAUCAGGGCUUUUGGGCACAAAAGAGUGAGGGUGUCCCCAAGACUCUCCCAGCUUUACUAUACCAUCAACUCCCAGAAAAAUCACUCUGAAAAGUGGGACAAGGGAAGUGGCAAAACAGAGAGUGUGGAAUAUCCAAAGGUUACUUCUGAGAGACACAGGAGAAGGAAAGAGAUCCAGCAGGCAAUCUCCCUUUCGUUGGAUUCAACUUCUGCCAGCAGCAGCUCCUGGGAGCCCAGGCCUGCUCUUAGGAACAGGCAACGGGCACGGAUGCUAAACAAAGGUAUCCAGGCAGGAGACUUGGAGAUUGUGAGCAGUGCAACCAAGAAAAACACUCGAGAUGUUGGUGUGACUUUCCCUACCCCAAGACCUAGCCAGCCAAGUCAAGGGCCACAGGAACCCUGGCAUCAUGUUGAUGGUAUUUUUGGAGAGUCAGAUGGUACAGCCACAGAUCAUCAGGCAGCAGGAAGCAAGGAGAAGCAGAAGGGGCAGCCAGGCAAUUUUUCUGUGGAGAAAAGGAUGAAAAGGAGCAGGCUGCAUUUACCACAAGGGAUUUCAUGGUUUGUCCGAGCAGAAGACUUGAAAUCUGAAUCUAGGAAGGAAAACCAUUCCAGUCCCUUUUCUGGUCCUGGUCCCUCUUGGUUUGAACCAUUGACCAGCACAAAGCCCUGGAGGGAGCCUCUCCGAGAGAAGAACUGGCAGGAGGAGCAGCACAGCAAUGGGAUUGAGCCAGCACUUCCAGAAAGAGCUGCUGAGAACAGGUCCUUGCGACCACUUGUGAAGCUGACCCUCCAGGAGGCUCUUGCAGCACGUCGCCCUGAUUUCAUCUCCCGCUCUGGGGAGCGUGUGAAGCACCUGAAGCUGGUGAUGGAGGAGAGGAGGAUGCAGAGCCAGCUGCAGGCUGAACGAGAAGAGCUGUUUAAUCCCCUGGAGAAGAGAAAAGGCUACAGGACUGCAAGUCACAUGCUGGCUGAGAGAGGUUUAGUGACUAAAGAAAAGAGAAGAACAAUUCCAAGGAGUGAAAUGGUUCAAAGAUCUAAACGGAUCUAUGAGCAGCUGCCAGAGGUGCAGAAGAAGCGAGAGGAGGAGAAGAGGAGGAUGGAAUACAACUCGUACCGCCUGAAAGCACAGCUCUACAAAACGAAAAUCACCAACCAUGUCUUAGGGAGGAGGGUGCCUUGGAACUGAUAAAGGUCUCUUCAAAGGAAGGUUUCUUCAGCUUUUUGAGCUUGCAGCAUGAAGGAGUUGUGAUGUGACAAAAGAUAAUGCAGUAAAUACUGUUGCAGUGUAUGUUUGUGGUUUUCAGUCGUGUCAUUUUUGUACUAAUCUAACUUUGCUGCAUGUAAGAAUGAAGGAUUUGCUGUGGGUGAGAGGUUUUUAGAUAAAUGGCUGGUUUUGGAAGUGCAUAACACCACUACAGAAGUAAACAUGGUUUGGAAGUCUUUGAUUCAUAACAUAUUUAUAACUACCUAAUGGGAAUGGCCGUUUUAUAUUUUGAAUUGUUUUUAACAAUGAUUGUUUAUUUUUUUAAUUUCCUAUGUCAAUGGAGAACACCAAUCAUGUUUUGUACUUCAAAAACCCCUUAAAUAAAUAACAGAAGUUUAUAGUAA